GUUCUAGUGUGUGUCUUUGAAACUGAAAAUGAACCCACAUAGCCUGUUUGCUUCGGCGGCCAUUAACAUAGGCUUGGCCUUCAUAGUUCUCUCCCUCUUCUCCAUCUUGAAGAAACAGCCCUCAACCGCUCCCAUCUACUAUGCUCGUCGUCUCUCCCAACGCCACCACAUUCACUUCCAUCGCUCCCUCUCUCUCUGUCGCUUCCUCCCUUCCGUUUCUUGGAUUCCACGUGCUUUUCGUGUCACUGAAGACGAAAUCCUCGAAACUGGCGGCCUUGACGCUCUUGUCAUCAUCAGACUCUUCAAAUUCGGUAUCAAAUUUUUUGUUGUAUGCUCUCUUGUUGGAUUGGUGGUGCUUCUCCCAGUCAAUUACAAUGGCCAGGAUGCCCCAUAUCGGACCUAUUAUUCCAUGGAUUCUUUUACAAUAUCUAACAUUAGUCGAGGUUCUAACAGGCUUUGGGUACAUUUUUCAUGCUUAUGGUUUAUAUCUUUCUAUGGAUUAUACCUGCUAUAUGAGGAAUAUAAUGAGAUUUUGGUUAAGAGGAUUCAACAACUUAAGAAGUUGAGGCAUAGACCUGACCAGUUUACUAUUCUAGUUCAGGAAAUUCCAUUUUGCCCUGAACACAAGGCUCGUGGGUGUUCUGUUGAUCACUUCUUUUCUAAGCAUCAUCCGUACACUUAUCAUUCCUAUCAAAUGUUAUACAAUGGAAAAGAUAUUGAGGAGUUAUUGAGCCAGGCAGAAUCUAUUGCAAGAAAGAUAGAGGACUUGAGAGAGAGGCCCAUGGCUAACAAACAUAAGAGAGAAUCUUUGCUCUUUGAUGCAGCUCGAGAAGAUGCUGUGAAGAUAUCCUUGCAAGAGGAAAAACUUCAAGUAUUUUGUGAAAAGAUACGCCAAUUACAGCAUGAGAUUGUGAUUAAGGAACAGGAGUUGCCUGUUGCCUUUGUUAUAUUCAAGUCUCGUUGGGGUGCUGCACUAGCUGCCCAAUCUCAGCAGCACUCGCAUCCACUUCUAUGGAUCACUAAAAUGGCUCCAGAGCCAAGGGAUGUAUCAUGGAGGAGCUUGGCGAUUCCCUAUAGGAUACUGCCACUUUACAAAAUUGUUGUUGUUCUUUCAGCAUCACUUCUUACAAUUUUCUUUGCCAUCCCAGUCACUGCUGUUCAAGGGAUUGCUAAAUUUGAGAAACUAAAGAAAUGGUUCCCUCCAGCCAUGGCUGUAGAGUUGAUACCAGGAUUAAGCUCUAUCUUGACAGGUUAUCUUCCUAGUGUCAUUCUCAAAGGAUUCAUAUACAUUGUACCCUUUGCAAUGUUUGGGAUGGCUAAAUUAGUUGGUUGUAUCUCAAAGAGCAAGGAGGAGAUUAAAGCUUGCAACAUGGUUUUCUAUUUUCUAGUGGGAAAUGUUUUCUUUUUAAGCGUGUUAUCGGGGUCCUUACUAGAUGAAAUCGGAGAAUCUUUUACUCAUCCCAAGAGUUUUCCUAGUCGUCUGGCUAGUUCUGUCUCUGCUCAAGCAGAUUUCUUCAUUACAUACAUCUUGACAGAUGGGCUUUCAGGGUUUUCUUUUGAGAUUCUUCAGCCUGGCUUACUUAUUUGGCAUGCUAUAAAAUCAAAUACAUUUGGCCGUCGGGGGGAGAAAAAUCUUUAUCUUUAUUCGCUGCCCUACUUUAGAAUUAUUCCUAUGGUCUCCUUGUCUGUACUGAUUGGUAUGGUAUAUGCAGUUGUCGCACCGUUGCUGCUUCCAUUUCUUAUUGGCUACUUCUGUCUAGGCUAUGUUGUUUAUAUCAACCAGAUUGAAGAUGUAUAUGACACUGUGUACGAGACAUGUGGACAAUACUGGCCAUACAUUCAUCUUUAUAUUCUCAUUGCGAUCAUUCUUAUGCAAAUCACGAUGAUUGGUCUUUUUGGAUUGAAGGCAAAGCCAGCUGCUUCCAUAUCAACAAUUCCACUCCUCUUGUUCACUUUGAUGUUUAAUGAGUACUGCAAGAAACGGUUUCUACCCUCAUUCCACCAUUACUCUAUCCAGAAUGCUGUUGAAAAUGAUGAGCUUGAUGUGAAGAGUGGUCAGAUGGAAGUUAACUACGAGAAUGUGAUCAAUGCAUAUUGUCCGCCUUGUUUGCGGCCUGUAAACUUCCUCGAAUCGGAUUCGAGCUCGACACAACCAUUAGUUUCUUCAUCAUAAUCACGGUUCUAGCUUUUUUGUUUCUCUCCAUCCUUUUGCAUUGCUCAAGCAAAUUCUUUUAUAAAUUGAGACCCUU